GGGGGAGGGAGAGAGGAACAGGAGGAGCACAGGGGUCUUCAGGGCAGUGAAAGGACUCUGGACAGUGGAUACUGUCCUGACAAAUUUGUCCCAACCCACCGAACCUACAACAUCACGGGUGAACCCUGAUGUACAUUGUGGACUUAGUUAUAACAAUGUGUCAAUAUUGGUUCAUCAAUUGUAACAAAUGUCCCAUGAUAACGCAAGAUGUUACCAAUAGGGGAGGCUGGGCCUGUGCGUGUUUUAAAAAUGCAGGUAAAAUUUAACACAAGAACUACAAGUUUACCACUUCAUGUAGUGGAUUUGUAAUUUAUGUUGAAGGAUUUCAUGAGUAGAGGUUUUAAAAAGCCUAUCUGGACUUAAUCCCGCAUGGAUGAAGCAGCAAGAACCCAGCGGCCUCCCCGUUUUUCCUCUCCCUCUCCGCAUCUCCACCUCUUACCACAGCCUAAAAUAGGCUCCCCGCCGCGCCGGGCCCACCUGCGCCCCGCCCCUCGGUGCCAGCCGACUCCCCUGCAGCCCGGCCUCUCCCUCCGCGCCGCCCGCCAGGGCCUCUCCAGGGGCGUCCGUGCCUCAGGGCCGCCUCCCCCUUCUUCCCAGCCUCUACCCUCGUGGCCCCUGGGCGCCUUCGGUCGUCGCCCCUUCCCUCCAGAGCCCACCCUCCGGGUGCUCAGCCCCUCUGCCUCCGCCCCCUUGCAGAGCCGGCCGGCCCCUGAUAGUGUCCCCCGCAGACUCUGCCGGCGCCUCCAAAGCGCGCGCGGUCGAGGCUUCGAGGCUUUGCACACUCUGUUCCCCUCGCCGGGUGUCUCUCCUCCCUCCCUGGGCCCCCGACCCCCGCGGGCCAGCCCAGCCGAGCCCCCCGGCCCGCCGGGGGGCGCCGCCGCGGCGGAGGGGGCGGGCGGCCAGCAGGAGCGACAGCUGGGGGGGCGGCCCUGACCUUCUGCGCGAUCGAUGGGGCGCGGCCGGGGCUGCGCAGAGCCGGGGUGGUGCUGAGCGCCCCCCGCCCGCCCGCCUCGGGGUGCCACUAUAAAGGGGCCUCGGGGCUCGGGCCUCGGCAGCAGCAAUCGGCACCCCGCGCCCACCAUGGUUCCCCAGGCCCUACUGCUGCUGCUGCUGCUCAGUGGCUCCGCCGCGCGCCCCGCGCCACCCAGGGCCCGGCGACACUCGGACGGGACGUUCACGAGCGAGCUCAGCCGCCUGCGGGAGAGCGCGCGGCUGCAGCGGCUGCUCCAGGGCCUCGUGGGGAAGCGCAGCGAGCAGGACCCAGAGAACAGCACCACCUGGACGACGACAACGGAGGGCCACCUCUGCCUGCCCCAGCGGGACUCGCCCACCCUGCAGGCCUGGAUGCCCCCCAGGGCCCCCCUGGAUCAGGCCUGGUCUCCCCAGCUGCCUGUCGGCUGGAGGCCUGGGGCCAUGGUUUCAGAGCCAGCCAUCCCUGCUGCUGAGAGGACCCAGAUGAGGCCCUGACAGCGAAGGAGCCAACUCUCCGUGGACAAGAGGAGGGGAGCCUGGACGGGGAGGGCGGGAGGAGGAGGGGUUUGCACUUGGUACCAAUAAAGGAAGAAUUCGCACCCUGCCCUGUGAGCCCACUCUGUGUGCUGCCUCCAGACGGGCAUGUGGCCCCUGAGGAGCAGGGCUGUCAGAAGCGAGGAGGGCCCCAGCCACAGAUGCUAGGACUGUGGCCACCGUCUAGGAAGUGCCCUUUAAACCUGGGAAGCCAGUGGGGCGCCUCACCUUCCCCUGUCCUUGUCUCUGACAUCAGCACCACCUCUUGUCCCAUCCACUGAGCUCUCCAGGGCCAACCUGCACCCCUCUCAUCCAGUCACCAACAUUCAGGGGCUCUGUGGGGGGCUCAGAACGUCCCCCAGCUCCUGCCCCAGGGUCCAAGUGGUCAGUGUGUGCAGCAGGUAGUGGGGGAAGUGUGAGGGGGCAAGGAAGCUCGGUGCGGGCAGGAAGAGAUGGCAGGCGGGGUGUGUGCAUGUGUGCAUGCAUGUGUGUGUGCCAGCCAGGAGGCCACUCUGGAGUGAGAGGACUCGAGUGUGUGUCUUUGAUCCCUGUCCAGGAGCUGGAGGGGAACAGUGUCAGGGACUUGCCCCGAGAUGACGCCUGCAGAGGAGCCCAGCAGAGGGGCAGCCCGGGUUGAGGGGCCGGGGCCAGCACAGCAAACACAGGAGACAGGGCCUCCCCCUCC